CUCACUGUCUCAACGUGGGAAUUGCCCGCUCCUCGUAGUCCUCGUACGAGUUGCGCGGAACACUUUUGUUGCGCCUGCGGAGUGAUCCUUGCCGGCUAGACAUUGGCGAACUGUGGCGUGAAGCAACUGCGAGCUACACGUUACUUUAGUCGUAUUUCACCUGGUUCUUCAAUAACAUACUUCUGUAUCAUUGCUUACGUUCUCCGGAUAGCAUAAAUAAUAGUGGACAACAUGCCGGAGAGUUAUACGGGAAAAGAUGCGUGGCUGCAAAUCCAGAGCUUACUGAACAGCAUAAACCACAUUCUAAUUUUCCUGGUGGCUGUCUUCUAUUUCAUCCUCGCCCGCAGCUUGGAGUUCAAGGAUACUGCCAUGCAUAUGUUUCUAUGUGGAACCGGAUUCCACGUCCUAAUGGCCCAAGCCAUGAUGUCACACUACAAGGUAAAUCCUCUCACCCGAUGGAUGUCGCACCGCAACAAGUCGCGCUUUCAUGCUGUCGUGCAAAUCGUGGGCAGUUUCAUGAUUCUCUUGGGAGCUGCCGGUAAAUUUUCCAGUAAAGAUGUGCACUUCAACACCUGGCACGGACGUGUAGGAGCUCUGGCUACCCUCGGUUGUGUGGCUGGCAUUUUGGGAGGAUUGGUGAAUUAUUUCCAGCCAAAGUUCGCCCUGAAGAUGCAUCCUGUAUCGGAACUGCGCUUCCGGCACAACCUAGGCGGCAUUGUCACAUUUACUGUUGGUAUGGGAGCAAUCUUCCUGGGCUACUAUUCAAAGUUCUUCACCAAGUUUGUGGACAAUGACUUCAUUCCGGCCUUGAUGCUAGUCACCACUAUCGUCUAUGUGCUGUCUGUGAUUGCACCGGUAGCAUCCCUGUUACCAAAGCUGAGGUACAGGGCUAGGACGAAGGAGGUGGCAAAGAGUUCAUAACUCGAGAUGGAGCUAAAAACCAUAGAGGCUAACUAAAUAAAUAGAUUGGCUUGACGCCAAAUGCAA